AAUUAUUCCCAGUGUGUGGUGAGGGGAGAAGGGAGAAUUGAAAGAAUAACCCCACUCUGCCUGCCCCGGGAAAGAAACGGCUGGAUGUUAUAGAAGCGUGAGAGCUGCUGAGUAAAGAAGGGGCGAGCAAACCCCUCUGCAGUUUCUCCCAUCCGGCUCUACGAAGAGCAGUGCUGCUUACAACGCCUCUGAAGCGCUCUGCGGAUCCUUAUCGAGUGGCUCAGAGACAGAGCGGCUUGUAAAUCAGAUAAGGAGAGGGGGGCAUUUCCUUCUGCAGACAGGGCUCGCACCCCCAGCCCCACUCCGUUCUGCUCCUUUAACCAAACAGGGAGAGUCUCUUGCAAUUCAUGAAAGUGAAGUGAGCCCUCUUCCCCUGCCUGCUAAGAACUGCAUGGAGUGCGAGCAUUUCGGGCUAGGGCUUGAAGUUAUCUGGGUGUCCCCAGCCUCUGUACCUGGGGCGGCUUCUCCUUUCCAGACCUGUGUUGUCCCCACACACUUCGCUUUGCAAGAGGAGGGGAAGUGCCCGAGCCAGGAGCUGGAAACAGAAUUCCUCGCGAAGCGCAGAAGCUGCCUGCCCCCCGUUAUUGCCAGGGUUCUUGGCUCAGCCAGGCUCCAGAGCAGAGAAAGUCUCGGCAUAGGAGAUGGGCCCUAUCAGAGUCCUGCAUAGGGAUCCCAACGCUGCAAAGACAACAGCUCCCCAGAGCAGCUGAUUUACACCCCCCCCCCCGUAUAACCCAGUGCAUUCCUCACAACCCUGCCUACUUCACUACAGCCGCGCACCCCCGCUCUCCCCUCACAUGCAUCAACCCCAGCUCUGCGCGCCAGCAGCCGCACACAUACACACCAUCGGCACUGCACGCACUCGCUCUAUGGAGCAGAUAUUCUAGCCUCAAACUAGCAACCCCACGAGCCGCUGUAGCUGCACCUCCCUUUAAGAGGCCGGGCUGCCCCGCCCCUCUCAGCCUGAGAGGCGGAGUGAGAGGCGAAGGCCCCACUAUCCCGCUUCGCUAUUGGUCGGCGAGGUGGGGCUGGCCUCGCUGGUGCCUGCGCUGGGGAGUACAGAGCGUGGCAGGGCGGGCGCUGGCGCUGUGCAAGUUGGGCAGCUGGAGGGGACGCGCUAAGCCGCCGGGACGGGACGGGCUGAGCCCGUGGAGUUACAGUGUGGAGCCGGGAGUGCAUGGGCGCGCUGAGCCCGGCGGGAGCGGAGAGCGGAGCCGGGAGACCCGCGGAGAGCUGGACUCCAGCCGACGGGGCCCCAAGGAGCUAAUCGGGGGCGAGGCUCGGAGGGACUAGCGCGUGGGGGAGAGGGGCGGAUUUCUCCGCGGGACCAGCCCGUGCAGCAGUGCCCGUCUGGGGGAGCCGUAGCAGCUGCGCGGGGGGCCCUGGAUGCGGGCGGAGUGAGCCCUGCUGCCGGGGGACUCCAGCCCCAGGGGAUGGGAGCGUGAAACCGGCUGAGAACCAGGGCAGCGGCCAGCGGGAUUUACAGCACCGGGAGGAUUAGCGGCUCGCCGGCCCCGGCGCCCCCGGGCGAGGGGGAAGAUGGCCCUGCCGGAGGGGCGCCCCAGUCUCUGCAAGUGGCUCCUGGGCGUCCUGCUUGCCAUGUGCCGGCUCGCGGCGCCGCUGGCCAAGAACCUGGAGCCGGUGUCCUGGAGCUCGGCCAACCCCAAAUUCAUGGCUGGUAAAGGGCUGGUCAUCUACCCGGAGAUCGGGGACAAACUGGACAUUAUCUGUCCCAAGGCGGAGCUUUCCAGACCUUAUGAAUACUACAAGCUGUACCUGGUGAAACGGGAGCAGGCAGAGUCCUGCAGCACUGUCAUGGAUCCCAAUGUGCUGGUGACUUGCAACCGGCCAGAGAAGGAGAUCCGCUUCACCAUCAAGUUCCAGGAGUUCAGCCCCAACUACAUGGGCCUGGAGUUCCAGAGGCAGCAGGACUACUUCAUCACAUCCACUUCCAAUGGGACUCUGGAAGGCCUGGAGAAUAGAGAAGGUGGAGUCUGCCAGACACGCUCUAUGAAGAUUGUCAUGAAAGUGGGGCAGGAUCCAAAUGCUGUGAUCCCAGAGCAGCUGACAACCAGUCGGCCCAGCAAGGAAUCUGACAAUACAGUGAAAAUAGCCACACAGAGUCCACGCCACAAGGUCCCGGUGGUGGAGGAUCCUGGGAAGCCAGGCUCCGUUAACCAAGAUGGGCAGAACACCCAAGGUAGCAGUGAUGGAUUCUUCAGCUCUAAGGUGGCAGUAUUUGCUGCAAUUGGUGCUGGCUGUGUCAUCUUCAUCCUCAUCAUCAUCUUCCUUGUUGUCCUCCUGAUCAAGAUCCGCAAGCGGCACCGGAAGCACACCCAGCAGCGGGCAGCAGCCUUGUCACUUAGCACCUUGGCCAGUCCCAAGUGCAGCGGUAAUGCAGGUUCAGAACCCAGCGAUAUCAUCAUCCCCUUACGGACUACAGAAAAUAACUACUGCCCUCACUAUGAGAAGGUGAGCGGGGACUAUGGGCACCCCGUCUACAUUGUCCAGGAGAUGCCCCCUCAGAGCCCGGCCAACAUCUACUACAAGGUCUGAGGAGCAGCCUCGGCAACCUACCAAUGCAAGAGCACUAGAGAGCUGAGGGCCCUGGGGGCAGCCGCUGGCUCUCCCCACUAGUGUGCUCGCUCUGUGAGGGAGGAAGUGAAAUGAACCCCAUGGCAAGACCAGGGGAGCGCAAGGGUCUCGCACCAGAUAGUGGAUCACUCGCUCACACGCUCUCGCUCUGUUUUCCCCUUUGUAUUUAGUUUUGUAGUUCUCAGCUUUUGUAAUCCCAAGACUCGAGGGUGGGCCUUCAGCAUCCUCCUCCUGCUUCAGACUGCAUCCUGGCUCUCGACGCAUCUAGCCGUGAUAUGGCCCUAGCUGCGCGCAGCAGCCAUUGUGUGUGGGCGCUGUGCCUUUCCUCACUCUGAUGCCCCUGGCGAUACCACAAAACUCUGCCCCCUCUUGUUUUGGAGAUGUCCCUUUCAGCUUUUCCAUCUAUAUUAUGUUAAGUAUUCUUGUGUUUGGGGCUGUGCCGGUUGUUGCUUUGGUCCAGGAUUGUCCUAGGAGUCGGAUUAACUUGUGGGCCCUAGAGAAGAACCUCCACUCACCUGAGGAAUGAGCAGCUUGCGGCAGCACUUUGCGUAGGCGUGCCAAGGACGUAGACCCUGUGCAGGGAGGAGGCUGACAAACCCAACCUACUAUUAUUAUUAUUAUAAUUAUUUUUUAACUUUUGUAACGUUUUUAUUUUUGUGAAAUAUUGGUGGGACUCUGAGCCACCACCUGCAGCCUUCUGGCGUGCUUUUCUCCCUCUGCCAUGCCAAUCCCCUGGCCAUGCUCUGCCAGAACACGAACUCUCACCUUCUGCUGUCCUUGCCAUUUUAAACUUUUGUGUUCAGU